UCUCUCGCCCGGCUUUGGGCUCCUGUCUUCUCUCUCUCUCCCUCCCUGUGAAGCGAACAGGGGGGAGAAGAUCUUUAAAAAAAAAGCCAGGAACGGCGACAGUUACAGCGGCUGCGGUUCCGACGCCUGUGCGCGAUCCUCCCUCUCAGUCACCGCCGACACUCGCACCGAUGCGCGCGCUCACCCAUCUUCACCAGACACCACCGCAUCACACCACUGCGCCUGCAGUCUGAAAUUUACCUCCCCCUUCUUUUAUUGUUGUAGUUGUUGAGCAUCCGACAUACGACCAACCAUCGAGACGCAAACACUUUCAUUUCAACCCUUCAUCUGAAUGACGGGCGGACGGUUCGACUUCGACGAUGGCGGCACUUUCUGCGGUGGAUGGGAGGACGGAAAAGCCCACGGACACGGCAUCUGCACCGGCCCCAAGGGCCAGGGCGAAUACUCCGGGUCCUGGUCCAACGGGUUUGAGGUAGUCGGGGUGUACACCUGGCCCAGUGGAAAUACAUACAAUGGUUACUGGGCGCAGGGGAAACGGCACGGGCUCGGCGUGGAGUCCAAGGGGAGGUGGCUGUACCGCGGGGAGUGGAGUCACGGAUUUAAGGGUCGGUAUGGGGUUCGCCAGAGCCUCAAUACACCUGCCAGGUAUGAAGGCACAUGGAGUAAUGGACUGCAAGAUGGAUAUGGGGUCGAGACAUACGGAGAUGGGGGUACGUACCAGGGCCAGUGGAUGGGCGGCAUGCGACACGGCUAUGGCGUACGUCAGAGCGUGCCUUACGGCAUGGCCACUGUCAUCCGCUCCCCGCUGCGUACCUCGCUGGCCUCCCUCCGCAGCGAGCAGAGUAACGGCUCCGUACUUCACGACCACAUGUCCGACAGCCCCGCUGGCACCCGGGGCGGCUUUGUCCUGAACUUCCACAGCGACAGCGAAGUGGGCUCCGGCAAAAAAAAGGGCCUUUUCAGACGGGGUUCGCUGUUCGGGAGCCUCAAGCAGCUGAGGAAGUCAGACUCCCGUUCUUCCAUAUCCAGCAAGCGCAGUUCAGCACGAAGUGACGCCACCAUGAGCCGCAUCAGCUCUAGCGACGCAAACUCCACCAUUAGUUUUGGCGAUGGAGAAGUGGCCGACGAGUACAUGCCGGCUGAGGACAAUGUCGAUGCCACCACCACCGAGUCGUACAUGGGCGAGUGGAAGAAUGACAAGCGGAAUGGUUUCGGUGUCAGUGAGCGCUCCAAUGGGAUGAAAUACGAAGGCGAGUGGAUAAGCAACAAACGCCACGGCUACGGGUGCACGAUAUUUCCUGAUGGGACGAAAGAAGAGGGGAAGUACAAAAAUAACAUUUUGGUGCGUGGCAUCAAGAAGCAGCUUAUUCCCCUCAAGAACACCAAAACGAAGCAGAAAGUGGACCGUGCCGUUGAAGGAGCCAUAAGAGCGUCUGCCAUUGCCCGAACAAAAGUAGAAAUUGCCACCUCAAGAACCGCACACGCCAGGGCCAAAGCAGAGGCAGCUGACCAGGCGGCCCUGUCUGCCAGCCAGGACUCUGAUAUCGCCAGAGCAGUGGCCAGAGAACUGUCCCCCAGCUUCUAUCAACCAGGCCCUGACUAUACCAAGCAGAGGUUUUCCACUGAGCCCAUCGAGAUUAAAGAAGUACCAGAAGAAAAGAAAGAGAAAUCCCCAAAAGCCAUUAAAGAAAACAAGCCCCCUGCUGCCGAAAGCCUGGCAGCAGGUGUCACCAAGGCUACUUCCAGGAUAUCAGACAAACAGGAAGUAAAACAGGAGGUAGUACCCGUAGCCAAACCCUCCAAGCCGCCGGUGCUGGUCGCCAAUGCCUCCAGCCCUGGGAACGGUGAGCUGCACACCCAGUAUCACGGAUACUAUGUGAAGGCGGAGGUGAUGAUGCACCCUGAUGAUCCGGAGGACGAAGAACACCAUGGAAUGUCAGCUGCUCAUACCCGGAUGCCCCCACCUGCAAAGCAGCACCGUGCACCGACCCCCAAACCAGUAAUGGCCAAAGAGAGCAAACCCGAACCCAAACUGAAGAAACAGGAAUCAUUGAAGCCAAAGAGCCUAGCAGAAACUAAGAAAGCCAGCAUGGAAAUGACUACUGACAUUGUUGAGGAGGAGUCAGGUCCCAACUCAAUAUUGGUCAUACUAGUGAUGCUGAUAAAUAUUGGACUGGCAAUUAUUUUUGUCCAUUUCCUCACUUGACGGAACAUUAAACUCAGAGGUUUUGUCAGACUGCGAGAGUAUGUGAAAGGGAAGGAGGAGGGGAAGAGAAGAGCAUCAGAAUGGAUGAUGGCUUGUCAUUUGACAAGAGAGAUUAAUCUUCAGAUGUAGAACAGACUUAUUUUUAAAGACAUUUUUUUUGUUUUUUUGGUGGUGGGGGAAACUUCUUUGAUUUACUCUUGUUGGCUAUGUAAAUGGCUGUUUUUCUGUUUUGUUUUCUGUUUCUGUUUAUAUUCCAUCCUGACCAUAUUAGAUAUAAUUAAAAGUUCCUCAUGAAAUUUUUUGUCAUUUUGUUUCGAAGCAUCUCUAUACCAAGAAAUGUUACAAUUGGCACUGAAUUUUUCUAACAAAAAAAAAAACAGUUAGUAUUUAAGAUGUUUUAAUGUAAAACAGUAUUUGAUUUAACUCUUUCAUGCUGUUUCCCUAUCAAAGCUGUCAAGAAGUUUUAAGCUAAAAAGUUGCAGUAAAUCUUGUAUUAAAGCAAAAAAAAAAGGGUAAAAAUGACCUGCAACAGUAUGGAAGGGUUAAAUACGGCAUUUAAAAUGGCUUUAAUCUGUCAUUGUAAUCUUCACAUUUUUUAAUUUGUUUGAAUGUAUUGUUUUCAUUUUAAAGGUUGAACAUGGAAAGAUGUUGAUGAAUGUUUUGAUAUGAACUGUCCCACACACCUUAAUGAUAUUGAAACGUAUA